AGAAUGGCAUAUGCUUACGUCAUCGCCCAUCCCUGCCAAGGGUCCAUUCUGCCAUGGACCUCCGCCUUGACAGUAGCUUCUGAACAGACGCCCACUUUACACCACAACCCCACCAUCGUGCCUGAGGUGCUUUAUACGAGAUCCUAUCUCUUCUAUAGGCUGGCGCAGGUUCAGGUCACAUCAUUCUACGCUCAGAGUGCGUGAAGAUACACUAUAGCUACCACAAUGGCGUCGCGACUGGUGCUUGUCUUAGGCGACCUCUUCAUACCAGACAGAGCUUCAGAUAUACCCGCAAAGUUCAAGAAACUCCUUGCUCCUGGCAAAAUUGGACAGAUUCUCUGCUUGGGCAACUUGACCGACCGCGAUACCUACGACUUCCUCCGCGCCAUUGCGCCUGAUCUCCAAAUCGUGAAGGGCGAUUUCGAUGUCGAAGCGCCCAACCUUGCCUUAUCGAAGGUAGUAACCCACGGUAGCCUACGCAUAGGCUUUACGCAUGGACACACUAUUAUACCGCCGGGGGAUGGCGACAGCUUGCUGAUAGCGGCGCGGCAGAUGGAUGUAGAUGUGUUAUUGUGGGGAGGCACGCAUAAGUUCGAAGCAUAUGAGAUGGAGGGCAAGUUCUUUGUCAAUCCGGGGAGUGCGACAGGGGCUAUGAGUACGAGUUGGUGGACGGAGGAUGAGGAUCCUACGCCAAGUUUUGUGUUGAUGGACGUCCAAGGCGAUGUCCUCGUGCUAUACGUGUACCAGCUCCGCAAAGACGCGGAAGGCAACGAGAACGUUGCAGUGGAGAAGGUGUCAUUUCGGAAAAACGGCGGUGGUGUAUCAUAGCCGCAUGGUCGAAGGUCGGCUUCGGUCGGCUGUUUGAGCGCAUGCAUAUCACAGGCACCGAGCGGUUUCACAGCUUCAAUAUUAC